AUGGUUCACUGGCCUCUAAUUGGCGUUGCUAUGGUGGCGGCGCAAGGUGGUUUUAUCUAUGGUCUCGACUCGGGUAUCAUUGCGACCACUUUCGGCCACGAUUCAUUUCGUUUGGCCAUGUAUGGGCUGUCGAAGAAAAAUACUAGUUUGCAAGGAGCCAUUGUCUCCGUAUACAACGCAGGUCAAGUUAUUGGUGGAUUUUCUGUCGGAUACCUGGCCGAUCGAUACAGCCGCAAGUGGACCAUCUUGCUGGCCGCGUUUCUCACCAUUGUUGGAUCAGUGUUUCAAUUCGCAGCAGCCCAUGUAGGAAUGCUCAUCGCUGGCCGCCUAAUAGCUGGGAUUGGUUGUGGGCAGAUUCUUUCUGUGGUACCAAUUUAUCUUGCAGAAGUGGCCCCACCAGGUCGACGAGGUUUCCUUGUUGGCCUACAAGGCAUGAUGAUUGCCAUCGGUUUCGGUGUCGCCAACUGGAUCGGAUAUGCAGGCGCCUUCGCCUCGGGAGACGCACAGUGGCGCGUUCCACUCGCAAUGCAGAUGCCGGUACCGAUUUUGUUGGUUGGAUGCUUAUUCUUCGCACCUUACUCGCCACGAUGGCUGAUAUUGAAGGAUCGAUAUGAAGAAGCAAGGACAGUUCUCAUUAGACUUCAUCCAUCCUCGGACCACGACUUUGCCAAGAAAGAGUUGGUUCAAAUCGGCCAGCAAAUUCAACUUGAACGAGAGCAAGGAAAUACUGCCUGGUCCACUGCUUUGACACAAAUGUUCGCGCCAAAAUAUGCUCGCCGUACACUUCUAGCUGCUUUCAUCGUCACAAUGGGCCAGCUCAGUGGAUCUUCUGUCAUCCAGAACUUUCAAAAUGUUUUUUAUGCUCAGGUUGGAUUCACGGGUCGUACUUCUCUUCUCAUCAGCGGAGUCUAUGGUAUGAUGGGCAUCAUAGGUCAGAUCAUAUACUUGUUUGUCGUGGCUGACCGAUGGCCUCGAAGAUGGACCUUGAUUGGCGGCUCGAUCGUACUCAGCGUGAUGCUCGCCAUUUGCAUGGCUCUCAGUGCUCAAUACGGCACGAAAGGCAACAACAAUGAAUCCGGUGCUCGAGCAGCGAUUGCCUUCAUCUUCAUCUACUCGAUGUGCUAUGCAAUCUUUUUUAACGCUAUGAUCUGGGUUGUCCCUUCGGAAUUAUUCCCACUCUUCCUACGCACUAAGGGUCUCGCGUUUGCUGUGUUGUCGAAGUCGAUUACCGCAAUUGUCUUGUCACAAAUCACACCUCUAGCUUUAGCAAAUGUGAGCUGGAGAUAUUUCUCUUUGUUCAUUGCAUGCAAUAUGGCAGCCGCAGUGAUAUACUUCUUCUUCCUGCCGGAAACGGGUGGCAAGUCACUUGAAGAGAUUGCAGCUUUAUUUGGCGAUGAGAUCGCAGUGGAGAAUAUGGACGACGUUGACCCCAAUUCAAAGGUGCUUUCAAAAUCGACGCAUAUCGAGAACGAGACUGGAAAUGAGAAGUCCAAGGUAUAG